CUCUCCCUUGCGUGACGCAAAUAGACAGGGAUCAGCGCUAAACGAGGCCACGCAUAGUCUGCCCUCCCUUGGUUGCAAGCGAGCAACGUGAUUGGCCCAGGCCUCGGAAAGAGUGCCCGGGGAUCCAAAUGUACAGGCCGCAUUUAGCUUAGUGUCGAAAAAAUAUACCCAAACAAUAACAGACAAAACCGAGAAAGAAGAAAUAACGACGAUAUAUUUGAAGGAGUCCAUAAUCAGGGUUCUCUCCCCCCGAUGGAAGGAAGAAACACCAGCAACACACUGUUCUUAUUUUAGAGCACAUUGGCAUUAAAUGUGAAGAUCAAAGAGAUGGACCACGGCGGAGGGAUCCUGGAGCUACACACACAGGAGUUAAAGAUGCCUCACACCAUGAUCAUGCAAGACUUUGUGGCAGGAAUGAGGGGCCUGGCCCACAUCGAAGGGGAUCACAUCGUGGUGUCCAUGCCAGAGGGCAUGCUCCUGUCUGACGUCAUGACGGACGAAGGCAUUCUGCUGGAGCACGGCCUGGAGGUGGAGGGCCUUGAGACGGAGGUGGAGGGCCUUGAGACGGAGGUGGAGGGCCUUGAGACGGAGGUGGAGGGCCUUGAGACGGAGGUGGGGGGCCUUGAGACGGAGGUGGGGGGCCUUGAGACGGAGGUGGGGGGCCUGGAGACGGAGGAGGUGGAGGGCCUGGAGACGGAGGAGGUGGAGGGCCUGGAGACGGAGGAGGUGGAGGGCCUGGAGACGGUGGAGGGCCUGGAGACGGUGGAGGGCCUGGAGACGGAGGAGGUGGAGGGCCUGGAGACGGUGGAGGGCCUGGAGACGGUGGAGGGCCUGGAGACGGAGGAGGUGGAGGGCACGGUGGAGGGCCUGGAGGAGGUGGAGGGCCUGGAGACGGAGGAGGUGGAGGGCCUGGAGACGGUGGAGGGCCUGGAGACGGUGGAGGGCCUGGAGACGGUGGAGGGCCUGGAGACGGAGGAGGAGACGGAGGAGGUGGAGGGCCUGGAGACGGAGGAGGUGGAGGGCCUGGUGACGGAGGAGGUGGAGGGCCUGGAGACGGAGGGGGUGGAGGGCCUGGAGACGGAGGGGGUGGAGGGCCUGGAGACGGAGGGGGUGGAGGGCCUGGAGACGGAGGGGGUGGAGGGUCUCGAAGAAGACCUAGAGACGGAGGUGAUUGAAGGCCCUGACAUCGGCCACGAGGACUUGCUGGGUGCCGAAGUGGCUAUAGACUCUCACCACCAUGUUCUAACCUCAGACCUCAUUCAGGGCUCAGUCCACCAUCACCACCACAUGCCAGACCAGCUCUUUGUGGAGCACCAAGAGGAGGAUGGGGUGGAGAGCUUGGACCAGGAUGUGCUGGUUGGGGAGGAGGCGGGGCAGGAGGAGACAGUGAUCCAGGCCCAUGAGGAGCUGGAGGUGGAGGCUGUCUCUCUGCAGACUGACGAGGAUGAGGAGGAUGUGAAGAGCACCUCGGAGGACUACCUCAUGAUCUCCUUGGAUGACGUUGGUGAGAAACUGGACAUAGGAGACACUCCUCUAGAGAUCACUACUGAGAUGAUGCAGGACGAUGGUUCCAACAAGGAGGGGUCAGAGGUCAUCAAGGUCUACAUUUUCAAAGCAGAGGCCGAUGACGAUGUGGAGAUAGAUGUGUCAGACAUGGCAGAGCAGGUGUACAUGGAGGUGAUUGUUGGAGAGGAGGAGACUUCAGUAGUCCAGGAGAACCAGCUAGAUGACUCUCCAAACAGUAAGAUGUUUGUCCCGGUCUCCUGGGCUGCUGCCUAUGAUAACAGUGUGGACACAGUGAAGAAUGGAGGGACCAGGCCCUACAUUCAGAUCAGAGACGGUCAGGGUACCAACAGAGCCCUCAAACAGAAGAUCAGGAAGAAGAAGAGGAAGGGAGAGACACGGCAGUGCCAGACCGCUGUGAUCAUCGGUCCAGACGGCAUGCCCCUGACCGUCUACCCCUGUCACAUCUGCGGUAAGAAGUUCAGGUCACAAGACUUCCUCAAGUGCCACAUGAAGAACCAUCCUGACCACCACCUUAAGAAGUACCAGUGUACCGACUGUGACUUCACCACCAACAAGAAGGUCAACUUCCACAACCACCUGGAGUCCCACAAGCUACUGGUUCAUCGCAGUGACAGAGACCGAACCUCUUCCCCAGAGUACCCGGACUACAACAGGACCACCCCAGAGUACCCAGAAUACAACAGGACCACCCCAGAGUACCCAGAAUACAACAGGACCUACACAGAGUACACCCGGCGUUACCACGAAGACAGCCAGCUAGGAUCUAACAAGCUGAUCCUGAGGGACAAGGAGUCCAAACUGCACCACUGUAAGUACUGUGACUAUGAGACUGCAGAGCAGGGGCUCCUCAACCGCCACCUAUUGGCCGUUCACAGCAGGAACUUCACCCACGUGUGCGUGGAGUGCACUAAAGGCUUCCGGCACCCGUCAGAGCUCAAGAAGCACAUGCGGACCCACACGGGGGAGAAGCCGUACUGCUGCCCGCACUGUGACUUUCGCUGUGCAGACCAGUCCAACCUAAAGACUCACAUCAAGAGCAAGCACGGUGCCGACCUGCCUUUUAAGUGUGGCCACUGCCCCCAGGCCUACGCUGACGAAGGGGAGCUGCAGCGGCACACAGAGAUGGUGCAGGGCCACAAGACCCAUCAGUGUCCCCACUGCGAACACAAGAGCACCAACUCCUCUGAUCUAAAACGACACGUCAUAUCUGUUCACACUAAAGACUUCCCUCACCAGUGUGACGUGUGUGAGAAGGGCUUCCACCGGCCCUCUGAGCUGAAGAAACACUCAGAGAUGCACAAGGGCAACAAGGUGCACCAGUGCAGGCACUGUAACUUCACGACCUCUGAACCUUUCACCCUCAGCAGACACAUCCUGUCCGUUCACACCAAGGACCUCCCCUUUAAGUGUAAACGCUGCCGGCGAGGGUUCCGCCAGUCCACGGAGCUGAAGAAACACAUGAAGACCCACAGUGGGAGGAAGGUGUACCAGUGUCAGUACUGCGAGUACAACAGCCCGGACGCUUCAGGAUUCAAACGCCACGUGAUCUCGAUCCACACCAAGGAAUACCCCCACUGUUGUGACUACUGUUGUAAAGGCUUCCGAAGGCCCUCGGAGAAGAGCCAGCACAUAGCCAGGCAUCACAAAGAUAUGUUGAUGGAGCGUUGUGAAUACAGUGACGACACAACGUUACCCGGAUAGAAACAGACUGCACACACUCGGUCUACGUAGACCUGAUUCACACGACAAAGGGGGAACACGUUUAGGAAGUUGAUAAGGAUAGAAUGGUACAUUUAGACGGCAGGCGACGAUAACAUUCUGACUGACUGCUUCUCUUUUUCUACUGGUUGUAUAGAGUAGGAAUAGGUCUCACCAGACCCCCCCCAUUCCCUCUCCCCCAGGUGUAAUCAAACUAAGCAUAUUGUGGAAGUUGGGAGAAGAUUAAAACCAGGGUACAUGUAGUGUUUAUAUGUAUGUAUUUAUCUGCAGAGAGAGGAUUCACCAUAUGAUGAACAUUUAUUCAGGGUCUAUUUUUUAUACAUGUUGAAACUCUGAGGUGGGGAAAAGACAGACUUUAUUUGAGAACAUUCAGGCCUCUCUCUCUGUUUCUCUCCCUCGCUCUCUCUCUCUGUGUUUCUCUCCCUCGCGCUCUCUCUCUCUCUCUGUGUUUCUCUCUGUGUUUCUCUCCCUCGCUCUCUCUCUCUCUCUCUGUUUCUCUCCCUCGCGCUCUCUCUCUCUCUCUGUGUUUCUCUCCCUCGCUCUCUCUCUCUCUCUGUGUGUUUCUCUCUCUGUUUCUCUCUCUCUGUUUCUCUCUCUGUUUCUCUCUCUCUCUGUUUCUCUCUCUGUUUCUCUCUCUCUCUGUUUCUCUCUCUGUUUCUCUCUCUCUCUGUUUCUCUCUCUCUGUUUCUCUCUCUGUUUCUCUCACACCAGACUGUAUCAAACUAGUAAAUACAGGAGAGCUGCAUCGCUCUUCUCUCCACUCUACCGACUAGUAUCUCCAAACCUGGGUUCAAAUUGUUUAUAAAUUAUUUCUUAUACGUUUUAGCGUUUGCUUUAUCCUGCCUACAAGGGGUUUGGACUUUUGCAAAUCUGUUGGUUCCAUUGUGCCAGGUAAGCCCAACUAAAGUAUGUAUUUGAAAUAGUUUUUGAACCCAGGUCUAAGUAUCCUCCCAAUAACCUGCCUUUUACCAUAAUCCUGUUGGUUUUAAAGGCUGUAAUCUGAAUCACAAUCAUGUAGUUUAUGAUGAAUCUGAGUAACAUGAGUGGCCCGUUUGGCUGGUCCACCUGUGACGUCAGAGUGGAACAAUGUUUACACAAGCACCUUAACCUAUGAGCUACGAAACCAACUCUUUUCUUUUUUUUUUUUUAACAAACAACUUUUGUUUUGUUUCUUAACAGUGCCGACUAUAAUUAAUUAAACUUGAAUGUUUUAAUGUCAUGUUAGGUGGACAGAUGGUUCCCGUUCUGUGUGUUUUGGUAAAAACUCCAGCAGUUGUCACUGCAGUUAGUUUUUUUUGUUGACCUUGUUGUGAAUGCCACUGUAAGAUUUGUAUAUGAUGUGUACGUGUCAUCACACAGAACACAGAUGUGGUCAAACAAGCCAACCAUCCGAUGGUCAUGUCUUAUAUGUUCUGUUUCUCCUCAUGCACUGAGCUCUGCUAAAAACAGAGAUCUGAAAAGUAAAGUGAUUUUAAGUCUCAAACGUACACCGUUGUGUAAAGUACCAUUCUCUAAGAGAUUGUGUGUCUGUUUGAGUCGGUAGAAAGCACUUUAUCAUUUUGUUCAUUUUUACAUGUAUGCAAAGGGUGUAUAAUUUAUAUUCCCUGAAUAUAACAGACAAUAUGAGUGGUGGAGAGAGAGUUUGGGGUAUAUCAGGACCUUGUAUAGUUGGGACGGUAGCGACCGGUAUUCAUAUUAAAUGUAUUGUCAAUAGAGAGACAGCCGAACUGUUUUGUAUUGAUAGCUCAUAGGUAAAUGGUUGGUCUUUCUGGUAAGAGUUCUGCUCACUGGUAUCCAGCAACCCCACAGUGACUGGGCUACACUCACCUUGAAUACAAUGGUUGAGAGAUUGGCAUUGAAUUCUUACAGUAUGCACAUAAUAUGCUGUCCAUGGAGUUUAAUUGUGGUUAAAAAUGUAUGCAUUUUCUUGUUUGAUUGUUCAUAAACUACUGUUGAGGAGGAACCGAAAUAAACAGUUAUCUUUUUAGUU